AUGUCACUCGCGGCUAUACAACCUACUUCAACUACAGGAGCAAUAGCUUCAAGCUUGAAACGUGAGUUAGCUGAAGUUGAACAAGAUCAGACAACAGCACAAGCAGAUGGAGAAAAGCUUAGCUCAGCUACUGUCGAGGAUGAGACUGUUUUAGUGAAUGAGGACAAUACAACCCCACCUGCCUCUAAGAAAGCUAAACUAGACACACCUACAUCAUGGACACCACCGUCAAUCACUAGUAUAUCUGAUUUUAAAGACUUCAAAUCAUCAACCUACAUUUCCGAAAUUCCUCUAGAAAUAGCUCAAUCACCGACAAAACCAGUGGUCAUAGGUAUUGACGAAGCAGGUAGAGGCCCAGUUUUAGGUCCAAUGGUGUACGGUCUCGCCUACUCCUUGAAGGAGUUUUCAAACAAACUACAAAAGACGUAUGGAUUUGCUGACUCGAAACAGUUGACUGACGAUAAACGACAGCUGUUAUUUCGAAUGAUUGAGGAUGUUGACCUGCACGAGUUGAACAAACAUAUUGGAUGGGCUACUACAACCAUGACGGCAAAGGACAUAUCUCUGGGGAUGUUACGUUCAGUACAUGGAAUAGGGGCAUACAAUUUGAAUGAACAAGCACAUGAUGCCACCAUCAACUUGAUCAAACUGAUUAUUGCUCAGGGAGUUAACGUGACUGAAAUAUACGUUGAUACAGUGGGUCCACCGAUCUCAUAUCAAGCCAAAUUGAAGAAACAUUUUCCUGCAGUUGAUAUCACGGUUGCCAAAAAGGCCGAUAGCAUAUACCCCAUUGUGUCAACCGCAUCAGUAGUUGCCAAAGUGACUAGAGAUUUGAAUAUCCGCCAUUACAAUGCUAAUUUGCCCUUGUUGCAGAACCACAAAUUGGGGUCGGGGUAUCCUAGCGAUCCAAACACCAGCUACUGGUUGAAUCACAAUGUUGACCCUGUGUUUGGAUGGUGUUUUGGGUUUAUACGAUUUUCAUGGCAGACGGCAAAGGAUGCAUUGGUUAGACAUGGCGCUGUUGAGGUAAUUUACCUGGACGAUUGUGUCAAGGAAAAGGGGUACAAGAAGGAUGUCUCGGAGAUGUUUGUUGGUAAUAAAGCUAGUGGUGCUGGAAGGAUAAACAAGAGAUUGUUUAAUAGUGAUGACGUGAACUUGCUUUGA